CGAGAACCUAGCAAAGGUCCCCUGUUACUGGAUUGGAAGGAGAAACAAAGUAGGUUGAUUUGUCUGCUCAACAAUCAGCUGAGGAUCUGUCGUCAAAGGGUGGAAGUUCGAAUGGGACGACCAAAAAAAGAAAAGGAAGAGGACCAGGAAAGGGUGUCAAACCUGGGUACAACCUGUCCCUGGAAUUUCACGACAACAGCUAUAUUUAAAAGGAUCAUUAAUGGGCCUUGGAAUACGUUCUCAAAGUACCUUGCAUCAGAGCUGCAGACUGUGAUAGCUCGUUUCAAGGACUCAGGAUUCACUUACACUGGGUUAGAAGAGACUUUCAACGAUAUGGAAAUGAGUGAUAAGAAUAAAGAGAAUCGGGAGAAGAGUGAGCUUGCAGCCACUGCGGUUCAGCACCGUUGGCCAAGUACAUACAUGAAGAGACGUUUCCAUGUGAAGAAUGACAAGAACUGGGUUAUCUUAAAAGCAAAAACCCUGCAUGACAGAAUGAUAGAAGCAGAGGCUGAAAAGGUAUCCCAAGGGGAAGAACCAAAUAGAUUUUCCAUCUAUCAAGAAGUGACAGGACCACAACGCCCAAAGCGUGUUCUAGGGAUGAGCCAUGAGGUGAGCUCAGUUUAUGUCUUCGGUCCCCCAUCGAGUCAAGGUAGUCAGGGUUGCAGCAAGCUUUGUCGGGAGGAUCGAACCAAAGAAGGGGAAAAAUGAUGAGAAAAUGAAGAAGUUGGAGGAUGAGAUCGUAGAUGUGAGGAAUGCAGUCCCUCACAUCGUUGAAUCUAUCUUGCAAAGACUUGGAGUGCGGCUGCCCGAGUCAUUCGACAUGGAUCUCAAUAGUGAAGCCAAUGGGGAACAUGGUCGAGUUGGGGAAACUCAGGGUACUGAUGCGGCCGAUGAUGUGUCCGACGACGAGUCCGAUUAGGAGACUGCCGACGAGACUGCUGCUGCUGCAUGAAUUUCUUUUUAAUGCUAUCGUAGGAUUCUAAAUAUCGAUUGAUUUUGGGAUAUUUUGUGUCAUUUUCGGAGGAUAUUUUGCCUUUUGAAUUUUGGAUGUUUGGUCGUAGUUGAUGGCUACUUGUAAGACAGUUUUAAGUCAAUUUUGGAAUAUUAUCAUAUAUGCAUAACUUCUUUUGGAUGAUUUGUUUGUGUUGUCGUCACUAGAAGUGUAAUGGUGU